AUGGCGGCAAUGAACCCAAGCAACCAGCAGGCCUCCACGGCGGUGCCUCUCCGGGCCGCCAUGAAUCCCAUGCUGCUAGCGUUGGCAUGCGCUGGUUCUAGGAAGGAGCUGGAAGAAGCGUGUCUCAGGGAGCCGUCGCUUCUCGAGGGGGUCACCGUUGAGGGGGACACCGCACUCCAUGCGGUGGCCUCCUACGGUGACAGUACUAACUUCUUGAAGAGCGCCGACUUCAUCUUCGGCAAGGCCAAAGACCUCCUAUUUGUGCGGAACAACAAUAGAGACACGCCUCUGCACUGCGCCGCACGGGCCGGGAGCCCCCAUAUGAUCUAUCGCCUCAUAGGUUUUGCUAAAUGUGUUGGCAGAGCCAAGGAAUUGCUUGAAAUGGAAAACAAGCUCGGUGAGACGGCUCUGCAUGAGGCUGUCCGCAUCAGGAGCGAUGGCAUAGUCAAGCAGCUAAUGGAGGAGGACCCGGAAUUGGCCAGCAUCCCCAGGGACGGCGCCUCACCUCUAUACCUUGCAGUCUUGUUUGAAGAUAAGACCAUUGCAGAGACGCUCUAUGCGAAGAGCGCCGCCGGGAUGCUGUCCUACUCCGGUCCAAAUGGCCAAAAUGCACUGCAUGCUGGAGUUCUCCGAGGCGAAGUGAUGACAGAAAUGCUGCUGAACUGGAAGAAGGACCUUGCAAAGCAAGCAGAUCAAAUGGGGAGUACGCCUCUCCACAUUGCUGCAUCACUUACUGGGGUUGGAGGUUGGCAUUCAGGUGUCCCUAUAAAACCCUUGGUACAUGCUGACCCAUAUCAGUUGUAUCAACCAGACCAUGAAGGAUCAUUUCCCAUUCAUAUCGCUGCCGCAUCAGGUCUGUAUUCAACCAUCAAGACUAUGAUUACCGAGUAUCCUGAAACCGCUGGACUGCGUGAUUCAAAAGGUAGAACAUUCAUUCAUGUUGCUGCUGAAUGGAAAAGAGACUAUUUCAUUACGCAUGCUUGCUGUACUCCAUCGCUGGCAUGGAUUUUGAAUAUGCAAGACAAGGAUGGCAACACCGCCCUACAUUUAGCAGUACAACUUCGGGUUUUUGACAGCUUUUGCUCUCUAUUAAUGAACAAGACAGUACGCUUGGAUUUGACAAAUAACAACGGGGAAACUCCUCUAGAUCUAACAUGGAGUAAGAUACCUGCCAGUGGAUAUUCCUAUCAAUGGGUAAUACACCGUCCUUUUCUCCUUUUAGUUUUAGGCAUUUUCCCUUGAAACCUUAAUAAAUAGUGUAGUAGGGAACCUAAGUUUGG